UCUCCAGGCCGCCAUUUACUCUGGUUUUCUUCCGCAAGAAUGGAUCCCAAACGUGUUACGGAUAAGAGAAGUCGGCGUUUUUUGCCCAAGAAACGCUACCGGUACAAGUCUCCCGUGGUCGAUUCCCCAGCCUCAACUACUAAUCUGUCACCUCACCACAGCAAAGUCUUGCGUAACAACAUCGAUGGGAUAACUCGACCCACCAUUCGCCGUCUUGCUCGUCGUGGGGGUGUUGUUCGAAUCAGUGCGGCGAUUUACGCGGAGGUCCGGGUGGUUCUCAAGAACCGGUUGACAGAAAUCCUUCGUCACGUGGUGCAUGUAAUGGACUCAUCCACCACCCCCCGUCGCGAAAGGAAGGUUGUUACUACCAGAGACGUGGUCUUCGCACUCAACAGGAUGGGUCACACUCUGUACGGUUUCGACCAUACCUAGCCUUCGCCAUACACCACCUCUGUCCCCUUGGUCUUGGAGUAUCCGUUCGUUUAGCGCACUGGUUUAUCUCACGCAUUCGGGAGUGAAGCAAGUUUCUUGUUUGUACCUGCCACGUUACGGCCAACUUGGUGGAAUUCUGAACUGGAUGGAACACUUUCUCGGUGGUGUUGGUUCUUUUACUUUUUUCCCAUAAGGUUGUUUUCUGCUUCAUGGAUCAUUAGCGUUCGUCUUUAAGCGUGUUGUCAGCUUGAGCGUGAUACAUUGAAUACAUUUACGUUGAUUCUAUUGAAACUGGGCAUACGGGGGAAUAGUCGAAGGAAGGUACGAUAGAGGUUACCAG